AUGGCCAGCUCGAGCUUCGCGUGCCUCUUGCUCUUCGCCCUCCUGGCCUCCUCCGCCCUCGCUCAGUCCCCGGCGCCUUCCCCGUCGAAGUCCCCCGCCGCCGCCCCGACCAAGUCCCCGCCGUCGGCCGCCCCGGCCCCGUCCCCGGUGGCGACCCCACCGUCCCCCACGCCGGCCCCCACGCCCUCCCACGUCUCCACGCCGGCCCCUGCCCCCGCGCCCUCGACCCCGAAGGUCCCGUCUCCGUCCCCGUCCUCCGGCGCGUCCCCUGGCGCGUCCCCGCCGGCUCCUCCGGCCUCUGGGCCCGGAGGGGCUACCCCGCCUGCCCCUGCUGCCUCCACGCCGGGCACGCCUAGCAACAACGGCCCGGCCUCUCUGGACAGAGUCGCGAUCGCCGGAUCCAUGGCCGCCGCGGUGGUGGCCGGCGCGCUGUUGAUGUAG